UCAGCCGCGACGCUGAGAAUAUUUACCUUUAUGGAAUAAUCCACUAAUGUCUUGAGAUACAAUGUGAACUAAAAUUCUCAGUUGCACGUGCAAUCGCGCAUGUCUGGGAAACUCAUUAAUAUUCGUGUAUGCUCCGCCUUCGGAAACCGAAAAAAUCUCAGAAACCGAAAAUCUCGUAACACUUCUGAAGUGUAGUGGGAUUUUGUGCAUUUAGCUAUAAAUGCCACAACAUAUGAAACCAGAGCAAGACUGGAUAUCAAUCCGAAUCUAAGCUACAUAUCGACAGCGAACUACACCUGCAUGGCAGAGUGUUGGUUCAGUUGAAGGGUCAAUGUUUGUGAAGGAGGGACAUUCAGUCACUUUACACACUGAUGUUAAAACAAACCAACAAGAAGAGAUUAGAUGGGAUUUUAAUGGCUUUCAAAUAGCUCGAGUCACUGGAGAUCUCAGUAAGAUCUGUACCGAUGUUCAGUGUGAUGAGAGAUUCAGAGACAGACUGAAGCUGGAUCAUCAGACUGGAUCUCUGACUGUCACAAACACCAGAACCACAGACUCUGGACUUUAUCAACUAGAGAUCAUCAGCAAAGGAGGCAGAAUCAGUAAAAAGUUCUUCAGUGUUGCUGUAUAUGGUUUUCUUGGUGUUGGUUCAGAUGGAAAGUCAGCCUUUGUAAUGGAGGGAGAUUCAGUCAUUAUUCACACUGGUGUUAAAACAAACCAACAGAAUGUUAUUAAAUGGUUUUUCAGUCAAACUCGUAUAGCUGUAAUCACUGGAGAUCUCAGUAAGAUCUGUACAGAUGUUCAGUGUAAUGAAGGUACUGAGAGAUUCAGAGACAGACUGGAUCAUCAGACUGGAUCUCUGACCAUCACAAACGUCACAAACACAGACUCUGGAGUUUAUCAACUAGAGAUCAGCAGCAGCAACGGUGAAGAGACCUUCAGUGUUUCUGUUCAUAAUGUUUCUGCUGCUGAACGAGAUAAAAUUAAGAGAAAGUCCAUGAAGGAGGGAGAAUCUGUAACUUUAAACCCUAAUGUAACAAAUCCAAAUAAUUUGACAUGGUAUUUUAAUGACUCUCUCAUCGCUGAAAUCACUGGAGAUCAGAGAAAGAACUGUACAGAUGUUCAGUGUGAUGAGAGAUUCAGAGACAGACUGAAGCUGGAUCAUCAGACUGGAUCUCUGACCAUCACAAACACCAGAACCACAGACUCUGGAGAAUAUAAACUGAAGAUCAGCAGCAGAAGAAUCAGCAUCAUCAGGAGCUUCAGUGUUUCUGUCUCUACUGCUGUUUCUACAGGAAUAUACGCUGCUGUUGGUGGUGUUCUGCUGCUCAAUGCUGCAGCUGUUGUUGUGAUUUACUCUUGCUGGCACCAGACAAGAAGGAAGUACACCAGGAGGCAGGACAAUGAUCAGGUGAAUGUUGUCAAAGACUCGUCCCCUGAUCAGAAUGACACUCUAUUGACGAUUCCUGCCUGCUCAGACAUCCCAGACUCAGGAUGUCAGUGAGACACCACUGUAAUAUUAUUCAUUAUUUUAAUAAUUUUGUUGAUGGGUCAGCAAAGAGAAGAGUAUUUAUCAUUUAAAUCAGCAUUAAAGAAACAUUGUGAGCAACACAACAAAGAGAGCUUGAUGAUGAAGUGAUCCAGACAGAAACAGUGAGUGAUUAUCUGUUUCUUUUCAGUAUUUUUGUUUCUAUCAUUCAUAAUAGCAACCAUGUCCAGCAAGACGUUUUGUCCAUUUCUGUUUUCAUUCUAACUCUGACCAUGAGUACUGACUUUACAGAACAACACACACAUACUAUCUCUGUAUUAAAAAACGUAUUUAGUUACCACUUGUAGUACACUGUGUAUGAAAGAUGGGCUCAAGUGUACUACAAGUGAGUUAAAAGUACAUUUUAGUUCAUAUUCAUGGUGUCUCAGCACAGUUGAGUACACUUAGAUGUUCUUAAGAUUAUCUGAAAAAGUACUAAAGAAGAAUUUUUAGUAUUUUAAGUACAAAAUUAGUGUGUGAAAAUAGAGCACUUUAGAUACAUUAUGGAAGUGUACUUUUUUUUGACCUGAGACUCUAAACUGUUACUUUCAGCAGGAAUUAUUUUAUUUAUGUUUAAGUCGAUAAAGCACUUUGUAUUUGUUUGUUUGGGUGUCAUAGCUUUGUGGUUCAAAUCGUGCAAAUGUUGAUCCAUGAAAACUCACUAUUGUGUCCUUGAUCAAACUCUGAAUCUCAGGAACUGAUCUUGUAAUAACUGCACUGCAACGACACUGUGGAGAAAAGCACUAACAAAAUACCAAAUAUUGUUAUAUAUUAUGGUGCAUAAUUGUUACUGGCUGCUGCAUAACCAUCUGAAGGUUGUUUUAAUCACAUGUCACAGAUAUGUAUAAACAAAUAUGUAUUUUGUAUUAUGAACUACAGAUGUUUUAUUUUCCUUCAUUGUUGAAAUGUGUUAAUUGCUUGUUUGUUUUAACUAAUGUGUUGUAAAUUGUAACAUUGUGCCGAUUAAGAAACAUUUGAGAUGCUGAUCUGUUUUUUACUGCCAAGUUUAUGCAUUUCAUGAGGAUCAAGAUGUGGACCUGUGGAGCAUUAAAGAAUAUUAUCACUGUGUGAUGGUAGUAAUUGCCUUCGCUUGAAUAAACAGUCAAUCCUUGGUUUCUCCUGAAGAGCUGCAGAGAGGAGUUUACUGGAACAGGGAAAGUGUUUGACUUCUCUGUUCAAAGAGCUUAUCAUCUGCAGGUCUCUCUGAACUGUGGGGUUCCUGGUGCCUGUUUUUGUAAAUGUUUUCAGAAAAGUAAUUUCAGUGUCUCAGCUUAAGUAAUAAAAGCCUGAACUGUAAACUCAGUAGAAGACCAAAACUAUAUGAUUCAUGUAUACAUUUUAGACCAUUUAUAACUGCCUCAAUCACUAGUACAAGAAGACCUUAUGCGCCAGAGAAACAAGCGCGCCGCCAUCUUUAUAAAAUUGUCUUUGAACUUCCGUUCUGCGGUAGCUCUGUACAUUUCUAUGGCAUCGCUGUCAAAGAAUAAGUAGCUGGUUAAGGGGAUUUACUUGUUGUAGAGUUAAUGAAAGUUAUCAUGAGCAUUGUAAUGUUUAAAGCAGAUGUCUUAACAAAUGUCAGUAGACCGAGAAGAUUUUAAAACGAGCAGUUCAUUCAUAAAUAUGUAAGAUCGCUGUGGAACUACAAACCGGAAGCGCAACGCUGAAAAGGGGCGGAGCUACAUAAGGGACACUGUCAUUAUUUUUACUUCGGCUAGAGGGCGCAUGACUUUAAAACGUAAAUAUAAGUCGUAAUAAGGUGCUUGAAAAACGACCUAUAGGGUCUUUUUUUUGUUUUGUUUUGUUCUUUUGGAGCAAGAAUAUCUCAACAAGACACAUCUGACUUUUAAAGGAGGUCUUCAGUAAUGAUUUUGAUAAGUUAUAUAAUGUAGCUUAUAUAUUAAAAUGUUUUUUACUAUUUUUUUUUCUUUUUCUGUACAUGCAGUUUUGUAAUAGUGUGAGUACUGUGGUAUUGUUCAGUGUGCCUUAUUGUUUUAAAAAGCAAAGAAAUGAAUAAAGACUCGUGAUGCUCUCUAAA